AUGUGGGCUCUAAAAAGGUUGAACUUGGAUUGGGGUGAAGCUGCAAAUUUGAGGUUGACACAACUCAAUGAAAUGGAGGAUUUCCAUUUCCAUGCAUAUGAAAGUGCAGCUGUGUAUAAGAAAGGGAUGAAGUUCGUCCAUGACAAGAAGAUCUUGAAAAGGGAGUUCAAGUCGGGUGACUUGGUUUUGCUCUUUAGCUCCAGGAUCAAAUUGUUUUCGGGCAAGCUUAAAUCCAAAUGGUCCGGUCCGUUCAAAGUGGUAAGUGUCUCUCCUUAUGGAGCUGUGGAACUGGCAUCGGAAGAUGGGUCACGGACAUUCAAGGUAAAUGGCCAACUCAUCAAGCAUUACCUGGGCACAGAUGGAGAAAAACAUGUGGUGGAGCAGCUGGCUCUAAAAGAUGGUUCAUGUCCGACCAUUGAGUGA